AUGUCAGAUACCGAAGACAAUCAGCCCGAGCAGGUACCUUUCCAGGACCAGCUCCUCUUUGGGAAGCAUGACCUGGGCAUGGCAGCACACUGGGCACUUGCUCUUAGUCCCAGUACAAAACAGCUCCUGACUCCAGAUUGUGCAACCAAAGUCAGUAUCACCCUUAACGCAAUCGUGCCUACGCUCGACAUUGUAUUCAACAAACACGAGAUUAUCGAUGGUGUGAAGCAGAACAUUGUCAGUCGUCUUCAUAUCGAUAGUGGUGCUUGCAAGCUGCUCGACUUCAAGAAAAUAGCCCUGCCAGCUUUCAAAGACAAGAAAACAGAUUUCACAUGGCCGCGAGGAGCAGUUGGCAUCUCGAUCGAAGUCACAUUCGAUGCUAACUGCGUGGCUGAUUCGAGGUUCUUCAUGGGUGGUCAAUCUUGGAUCAAUUCUGUGCGAGAAACUGUCAUCUCUGAACAGAAGUUGUUGCUAUGGUUAGCUGGAGGUGACAGUACCAUGGACAAUAUAUCAAAGCUGCAGCAGCAGUUCCAUCAAGAUUCCACCCAGGUCAAUCUGAAUGAAAUGUUCCCAGCAGGACAAGGUAGAAUUGUGAUUCAGGAGGGCCAGUUUUCACCCAAAGACGAGCUCGACGAGAUCGCUAAAAAUGCCAAAGAUUAUCGGUACAGAGUCCCAACAAAUUUCCACAGCAAAGAGCACAUGGCAGUCGAAAUGUGUAUGGCAGGACUAUUCGCGCGAAACGAGGCUGAAGGAAAGCGAUCCGUUUACGUCGAAACCCCCAAGGAUAUGAAAAUCAUCAGCCUCCUAUCUGCCUUCGAGGAAUCGUAUCUUGCGUUUCUGCCAGCCCCAGCCGACGACCAGACUCGACUCGUGCCGGGUGACAAGCUUAUGAUUUGGUUCGACUUCGACUUCGAAGACCCAGAUCCAUCAAACGACGACGCAUGGAGCGCUAGAGUUGCUGAACAUAUUCCCGACGCUCCAGCCAUCCUCGUUCCAAUUCAUAUGAACCGCCCAUGUGACGCGAAAUCAGGCGACUCUGGUGCCUGGAAGGACGAUAGAGAACUUACUACUAUCGAUCUUCGCUCUCUGCCAGCUGAUCAACCUUAUGCUCCCGUCAUAACAGUACCUGGCUUGAUGGAUAGCAUAAAGAAAGACCGUAACUGGCUACACAAGGCAUUGCUCAAAGUGCAGGCAAACCGUCCAGAGGAUAGCUACGAUGUAGCACCCUUAGGAGAAGACCUUAAGCAUGCUGAGUUGGUCCUCAAAGAAGCCCCUAAGCUCCGUGUGGGUCUGGCAGUUACAGGUGAUGUGGUGGUACGAAAGCGUACUAAGCUUAUCAUAUGGGUUGCUCUUCCAGGUGAGGAGGCUCUCGUGGAGAAAAUUUGGCGCGCCUUUCAUUUCGAUGCUCGCAUGAUAUCUGCCGAUAUGAGUCAGGAGGCGCGAAGAGAUGUCAUCGAAGCCUUCAACACCAGAGAUGAUGCCUGCCAAAUCCUCAUUCUCACUCACGCAAUCGGCUCGAGCGGUCUCAACUUGCAGUACAAAUGCUACACAAGCAUCCACCUUGCUGUGCCCCUAAGCAGAGCCCAGCGAGAUCAAGCUGAUCAUCGCAUCCGUCGAUGGGGCCAAGAGAAGGACCGAUGGAAUGAACCAUAUGACUGCACCUCCUGGGCUACUCAAGUCAAAGAUACCUUCAAUGAUCGACAAUGGUUGAACAACCUCAGAAAGGCAUAUCCAAGUGUGUUGACCGAGCUCAACAAAUACAUCUUCAACUAUCAACUACGAGAGAACGCUAUAGGACAAGUUGAAUUGGAGAUUCCGAACUGGGUCAAGUUCAGAGGCCGCUUCCUUCGUGACAAUCAUCCACAACUUGAGGAACCAGAUGUCACUCCUGAUGACAUCGAGAUAGCCAACCCAGAGGAACUCAUGGACUGGAUCGCUGAUCUUGAGCGUGGUAAAGAGAUUCCGUUCGGAGAAUAG